CAAAUCAGUUUGCUGCGAAAGCGAAAUGCAACUUGCCUUCGUGCAAUUUCCAAACGUUCCGGACAGUUAAAUAGUAACAAAGUGUGGUAUUGCCGUGAGCGCUUCGCAUGUUAGCUUUUAUUAUCGAGAGACCUUUGUUACAUGGGUGUUCACGCGCGGCAGUAUGAAAUAAAUAAACGAAGUGUUCAGCAGAUUCAGCUCUUUGUCACAAUGGGGAGCGAAUCCGGAGACCGACUUCUGUUCGCCAUAACUUUUAUAGUUUUAUUUCAACUUUUCUUCACGACGAACGCCCAAACAUGCGCUGGAAACUGUGGUAAAAAGUUGGAUUCUUGCUCGUGUCACGCCACAUGUCAAUCUCUCCGGGAGUGCUGUCCGGACUUCAAACAGUUUUGUGUGGAGAUCACGCCGCACUCUGGGUCUUUGCUGGGGGGCACAGACUUCUUAGUACUCGACUCUGUAUUUAACCCGAACGACAAGAUUAUAUGCAGAUUCAAUGGUGAGACAGAGACAGAGGGCUACGUUGACGGAGAUGGCCGAGGCCACUGCAUCUCUCCGUUGCUGUAUGAAUCUGGUUGGAUACCGUUUGAUAUUUCCACAGAUGGGGUGAAUUUCAAGGCAUCAGGGCGCUGGUUGUCAGUUCAUCACAGCAAACUGGACAGCGCCUUCAAAAUCGUCCUGAAAAACGCGACGCAGUGGCAGUAUUACGGCACCCCCGGCACGACGGGGACCUUAGAGAUGACCUGGAAUGCCUCUCUCAUCAAAGCAGACAGGGUCAAUGUGGAGCUCUGGGGUUACGAAGAGACCGGGGAGCCCUACUCCAGUAACUGGGCUCCGGAAUGGAGGUACCUUUACACUCUGGGAAAAGACGUUCCAAACAGCGGGAGUUUCAGCUUUGUUCCCGUGUCAGCGAAGAAGCCAUAUUCUGACUGGCACAUGGGCAGCAUGCGUGUCAGUCCCAGCACAAAGCCAGACGGACAAAUGGGGGUAAAUGCCCUUUGGAGCGGUGCCCACGCUUUGGCCUGGCAUUUAGAGGAGGAAUUUCGUAAAGACCCUGCAGGCUGGGCGUUGGAUAAGUGUGUGGAAUGGGACGCCCUGGAAAAGAGCAUGCCUAAUUUCCUGGAGGAGAUUGCCGACUGUCCCUGUACACUGGCCCAGGCCCGAGCGGACACGGGUCGGUUCCAUACGGACUACGGCUGUGACAUAGAGAAGGGCAGUAAGUGCACCUACCACCCGGGCAGUGUACACUGUGUCCGAGCAAUACAGGCCAGCCCUAAAUACGCAGCGGGGCAGCAGUGUUGCUAUGACAAAGCAGGAGCUCAGGUGUUGACGGGGGACUCGAUUGGGGGGAGUACCCCAGAUCGGGGCCAUGACUGGGGCUCCCCUCCCUACAAGAAACCUCCCAGGGUCCCAGGCCUGUCUCACUGGAAGUACGACGUGAUCACGUUCUACUACUGCUGCCUGUGGUCGGACAACUGUCACUAUUACUUCACCCACCGGCCCUCCAGUGACUGCAGGACUUACACGCCGCCCAAAGCAGGUGUUGUACUCGGGGACCCCCACUUCGUAACGUUCGACGGCGCCUCCUACACCUUUAACGGAAAAGGGGAGUACAUCCUGACCCACUCUCCGGACUAUAACCUGACCAUCCAAGGCAGAACCGAGCCCAUGAACGGGACCGCUCUGAAGGCCACGAGGCUGACGUCCGUCGCGAUGAGGGAGGCGGCGUCUGACGUGGUGGAGGUGAGACUCAUAGACGGCGCGGAUCAGCUGGAGGUUCUGGUGAACCAGCGGGUUCUCUCUUUCUCAGAGCAGAGCUGGAUAGAUCUGAAAGGUGUGUUUGUGUAUUCCUCCAUAUCCAAGAACGCCACUGUCAUGUUCCCGUCUGGAGCCGGGGUGGAGGUCCGGGCCGGCCCGGGCACCUUGGCGACCACCGUGCUCCUCCCCCGAGAGUUUCGGGACAAAACCCGCGGGCUGCUGGGCCGGAUGAACGAGAACCCUGAUGACGACCUGACCUCAAGCAGCGGAGAGGUCAUCGGCGCGACCGAGAACAAACCCGAGGACGUCUUCAGAUUCGGUGCCAGCUGGGCCAUCGCCAAUGAAACGUCUCUGUUUACAUACGACUCAGAGUAUCUGCUGAAGGAGUACUACUUCGGCCCAAAACACGACCCCGCGUUCGUUCCGGCGUUCUCGGUGACGGAGGACUCAGGCGACCCUCUCCUGGAGCAGACGCUGAAGAUGUGUUUCGGAAAAGGUUCGCAGUUCUGCAAGUACGACGCCCUCGUCACAAGAAACCUGGAGAUGGGCAACGCCACCUUGCGUUCAUUCCAGAGUCACCAGUCCGUCAUCAAAGACCUGGAGCCCGUAUUAUCCUGCGGCUGGUUACCUCCACCCUCCCACGGCCAGAAAGAGGGACAACUUUACCUGGAGGGAGCCAAGGUGACCUUCUCCUGUAACCAUGGUUACCGUCUCUACGGUUCCGCGGAGCGCACCUGCCUAGAUACGGGCAAAUGGUCUGGGGAAACAGCGAGUUGUGUGUCUGAUAACACCUUGGCCAUCGUGCUGGGGAGCGUAGGGGCGAUACUGACACUCGUCGUCAUGGCAAUCGCCAUUGCCCUUUACACCAGGAAGCAGAAGAGAGAGCGAUCCAAAAAUGCAGAUGCCAAAGCGGAUUCUGAGCGGAGCAGCAUACCAGUACAGAAUCUUUAAACGCCCAUCAUCAAAAGACUUCAUCAUACCCAAGACCUUCUCUUAAUUCCGAAUAAUGUUUUCUACUGACAGUAUUAAAAACGGACUUGUUUCUAUUUAAUGAAGGGUUUCAUCAUAUCUCAAUGUUUUGCGAGUUUUAAAUUUAAAUUAAAAUUCAGUUAGCUGAAAUUUAAUUACAGAGUUAUAUUACAGUGUUUUAAUUUAUGUGCACUGAGCCAUUUAUUGAUCACAUAUCUAGCCUGUGACAUGGGCCAUUCGUUCAAAGCUACAGCUCAAACAAUGCACUGUAUAGAUUGUAAAAAUGUUUUGUUUGGGGGUUUUCUGCAAAUAUUGUUAAUGUUGUGGUUUUAUUGGAAAAUACACUCUAAAUAUCUGUAGGUCUGCUGUUUAAGGCCAGUAAAAUUUACAUUUUUAAUCCAAAUGUUUGGAUAAUCUGCACAAAGCACAAAAAUGGAAUUUAAGCCUAUACAUUUCUGCACUGUAUUGAAUCAUCUAAUAAAAUUAUAUUAAAGUAAUGAAAUGAUGCAAUGCAAUGUUAUUAAAAAGUCACCAUACCUGCUUAAACGUUUCGAAAACUUUCUAAAUUGUGCCUAACUUCUGUUGCUAAAAUGACAAAUUGUCAUCCAAACAGCUUUGAAAUUUAGACGACAAACUUCAACUGAAAAGCAAGAGUC